AUGCAGUGCCGAUCUCAGGAGAAUGUAAAACUUCUCCCUGUAGUUGUUCAAGAGGAAACUAAUCUGAAUGGAGCUCAGGACAUGGUGCAAUUUCAAUCGUUAUUGGAGGAGACAAGAAAUAAAGUGGAAAUCGAAAAGGAUAUUGCAAAUUUGGGUUCAUUGAAAACUUCUGAAAAGAUAAUUCCCACCAGAAAGGAGAGGAAUUUGGAAGGUACAAAGAAGAAGCCAGCAUCUCCUUUACUGAAAAAGUCACCACAAAUUUCCACGCCGAAAUUAGCAAAACCAACACCAAGCCCCACUCUAAUGUCUGCUUUGCGGUCCAUAACAAAAAGGGAAAGUGGUUUAGCAUUGCCAAGGAACAAGAAUCUUUCUACAGGAGAAAGAAAGGAAAUCGUUCCUCCACCACUACACAUGUCACGUAGUUUGAGUCUUGCAAAUUCUGAAUCUCCUCCCACCACGACUGGAAGAUCUUACUAUGGAGAAAAUCGGGGAUAAAGACAUUGUUAAGUGGGCAUUUAAGACAUUUCAGAGCA